AUGGGAGCCUCGGAGUCGAAGUUAGUCUUCAAGCAGGGCAUCUUUCGCUUAUCGGAGGAGAAGGAGAUCCCUGCAGACGAUCCAUACUGGGCGAGGUUCUGGGAGCUCCCUGAAUCCACGGAGGACGUCUUCAGCCUGUUCACACCAGCAGAUAUACGAAGGACACGCGAUCGUGCACUAGGAAAUUUCGAAACAUUAUUACUAUCUGUAACCUCUCGUCUUACGGCUUUGAAAAACCAUCCUUCCUUUCCCGACCCAGACCUCGCUCCCGACCGCGAUGCGCUGAACUGUGUUCGGAUCCUCACCCGCCUCCUCCCGUAUGUUUAUGAGGCGGAACACUUGGAAGAAUGGGAAGAGAAGUUCUUUUGGACAAGGCGGAAGAAGAAGACCAGGGAGGCCCAGCUGGCUUCAGAUGUGCUGUUCGAUGAAGCGCAGGCGGAGGAAGAGCGAGAUCAAGCAUCCCCCCGUGCCACCGACUAUGAAGACGUGAAGCCUUUAGCUGAGGAGUUGAUUGACACGCUCAUGGAUAUGUUAUUCUACACGGACUUCACCAUCCCGAAGCUGCCCUCGGCAAAGUCCAAGGUUUCGUACUCCAUCUGGCAGAGUGGUGUUGGCUGCAAUACUUCGAUGGGCUCAACCAGGGAAUUAGAGGACAACCGUUGCGAAGUCCUUCGAUUGCUGCUCACUCUCACGGGAAAGGCGAUGUACAUGUCUUCGAGCUUGUUACCUGUUCAAGGUGUCAGAGCCAUUACAUACAUCACAACUUGUCAAGAGAAACAAGCAGUACUAACAUUGCUAUGCUCUCUUCUGAAUACAGCGAUCAAAUACAACCCUGCUUCGUGGAGAGUGCCCUAUGACCACGUCGUAUGGAAGGACCCGAGGCAAAUCUUGGUAAUAUACUGUCUCCAGUUCCUUCUUGUGCUACUUCUAUACCCCGUUCCAGAGGAUGGCCGUGGGAAUCCGCCCAAGAACUAUUAUCGCCACUACUUUGGCCGCCUGCAUCGACCGCAGGAUUUCCAGUUCCUGGUUGACGGCAUGACAAGGAUCCUGAACCAGCCGAUGCAAGCGACGACAGCCUAUCUCCCAGGCAGUCAAAAAUCGGUAAAAUGGGCACCGGAGAUGCUGGUCCUCUUUUGGGAAGCUCUGCAAUGCAACAAGCGUUUCCGGUCAUUCAUCAUCGACUCAAACCGGUCUCACGACUUUAUCAUUCUCUGUAUAUUCUAUAGCAUCACGUACAAGUCCGAUCCUGCAAAGCAAGGCGUCGUCCGGAUGUGUAUAUUCAUCCUGCAAACUAUGAGCGUCGAGCCUACUUUUGGGAAGAGUUUGAACAAAAGAUUCGAAGCGCAAGAAACGCUGCCACAGUCUAUCCGAAUUCCUGGCUUCAAAGGCUCGUAUGCUGAUUUCCUUCUCAUAUCAAUUCAUACAUUGAUAACUACCAGCAAGGGCAAUCUGACGGCAGUUUACCCGGCGCUUCUUGCCGUUAUCAAUAAUAUAGCCCCUUAUGUCGAACACCUGACGGCGGAAACAUGCUCUAAAGUCUUACAAUUGUUCACAUCCAUGUCUGCUCCCAGUUUCCUGCUGGCCAACGAGUCGAAUCAUGCUCUACUUGCUUCGGUACUCGAAUCCAUCAACGCGAUCCUUGAACACAGGUUCACGAAAAAUCCCUUCCUGGUGUAUGCGAUUUUGAAAUACAGAAGACGAUUUGAAGCAGUUCGGGAGUUUACUCUUGAAAGUGGUCAGCAGGAGAUCGAGCGACAAAAUCAGCGAAGAAAAUCUGAAAACCGGGAUUCUAUAGCCAGUCCUGUUCUUUCAGCUUCCGAUGAGGAUCCUCGCCUUUCCGAGGGCACCAGGUCACCUCUAGGCCGCAUCCCAGAGGAGAAUAACCCUUUUGCGAUUGGUGGAGAUGACUCGGAAGAUGAGGGCGAAGGGCAGGACACGCCAGCGCGGGAUUCCGCCUCCGUGCAAACAUCACGUAGGCAGUCAAUUUCAUCUGCGGUAGAUGAAAGUGUCCCAUUACAGCUGCGAGGGAUGUCAGAGAAGGCUCGAGGCAAGAUGCCGGCCGGACAACCAUCUUUCUCCAGGCAAAACAGUAUGACAAGUCAAAUUAGCAUGUCGGCUGUCUUCCCUUCAUCCUCGGGCGGAUUUACGCCCACCACGGCUUGGCUUGAAUCUUGGUUACCGGAACUUCCCCUACACACAAUCCUUACGAUCAUCUCAGCCAUCAUGCCGAGUGUUCCGGAAACCGUGUUUCAAUCUUCCAGUACCGAGUCUCGUACACUGAUCGGGAACCUGCCGACUUUUGCAGAAGAUCCGAUGAUCCAGAGCAUCAUCGCCGAGCCUGCUCCUCCGCGUGUCCAUUCAUUCGAGUGGUCAGCCCUUUCCAUGGGUUGGUACGAGUCACUGUUAUGGGGAUUCAUUUUCUCCGCCGAGAUGGUUGUCGGUUCCGCAUCUGGUGCUACACCCGGCACGGUUGGUGUCUGGAAUGGAACCUCGAUCAAGCUAUUCAAAGUGCAGGAGGCGGCCGCACAGGGCCCUACACUGCUAGCACCUAAGGGCGCUGUGGAUGCGGUGGGAAGUAACCUAGUGCAGCGGAUUGGGAACCUUGGGCUGCGACGGAGUAGCACGCAGACUGAGUCCCAAAGCAACUCAGGGCCUCCGUCAGUUCGCGAGGUCUGA